CCCAGUGAUCUCUCAUCAGAAAAAGGCGUGUCAUUUCCCAAAUCACUGUAGCAGCCUCUUUGUCCUGUUAAUCCGUUGCUGGCGGUACAUAUGGCGGCUGCUCCAGUCAAGCAGCGUACCGGUGGAUCCAGAGCGCAACUGCCGCCGUGUUAUUACGAGGGAUACCUCGAAAAAAGAGGGCCGAAAGAGAAGGUGUCUCGACGGCUGUGGACAUGUCUGUGUGGAAAUUCACUGUAUUUCUUCAACAACACCAAGGACACACAUUAUGUGGAGAAGCUGGACCUGAGUGGCUUUAUCUCAUUAGCGGAUGACUGUGGUCGGGACAGAAACCUGGAAGCAGCGCGCCUCAGUCUGCGCUUGAAGGAUGGAGAGACCAAACUGACAGCAUCAAAUCUGGAAGCACGUGAGCUCUGGAAGGGAUUCCUCUAUGCAGUUGUGGAGCUUUCUAUACCCAGCUCUCUGACUCUUCUUCCCGGCCAGCUGCACAUGCUGAAGGAGGUGGUGGAGAAGGAGAAGCUCCGGCGAAAGACACGCUCCCUCUCCCGUGCGCCCUCCUCCCCCCUCUCCCUGCCCCUGGUGGGGGAGAUCCCUCCGUGUUUUCGGCCUGUGUCGCGUGUGGAGGCAGAGGUUUUGCUGGAGAGGUACCCUGACUGUGGGAACAUGGUGCUCAGACCGGGUCGAGACGGAACCUCACUGGCUGUCACCACUAGACAAGAUCUCAACGGGUCUGUCUUCAGGCACUAUCGGGUUACUCAGAAGCAGCAGGGAGGAUAUGUAAUUGAUGUGGAGAAUCCGAUCCCGUGUGAAACACUCUAUGAUGUUAUAAACGCUCUUGUGGAGAAAACAUCAGGGACCCUGCAGCCAUUCCUACUGGAGGAGCCUUACGAAGAGAAUAUCACAUUUGUGUCAUCUAAUGAUGAGAAUGGGGAACGAACACUUCACUGUGUGCGCGGUGGGCCACCCUAUCGAGGCCCUGCUCUGCCACCGAAACAAGCAGGGACAGACAAAUGGUCGCCGCGGCACCAGGCGCUCUCCCAGAGUGCGUCUCCCCGCUCCUUCUCCCCCACAGAGACGCCGCUGAGCCCCAUGAAGCGCCUCACCCUCUCGCCUUCUCCUCUCGCACAAAGCUUCACAGAGGAGCUCAAAAUGAAGCUGGAGAAGAGACAGAAAACCAAUCAGGAGUGAGCUGUCCCAGCUGGCCCCGCCCCUAGCUGCUGCUGCUGUGCCACUCAGCUCUCCUCUCUCUGCCAGUGCCUUCUGUUAUCACUCUGUGUCAACGGGAUUUCGUCAGACGUGGUGCAUUCUGGUGAACUCUAAUUCAAACUGUGGUGCGGUCUCUUUGGAGGUUCGGAUAACAACUACAACAAAGACGAUAACUACAGCCAAAUACCAUUUGUGAGAUCUGGUCAACAGAGCUCCCCCAGGUGUUGGAGAAGAUCACUCAAAUUCAGCAGGUUUACUACAGGUCAAAGCUCUACCAGCAGCCACUACUCUGCAAUAUAUACCUCUCACUGUAAAAUCUUUUCUGUCUGAACAGUGACCUGUCCACCUGGCAUUCAGGAUGAACUCCGGAUGCCCAUGAUGACACCUCUGGGACAGAACUGGGCACCGUGUCUGUGAUCUGACGAUAGAAACUGCCACUCUGCAGAAAAGGGCAAACGUUGUUUAUUUUGUCUUUGGUAAAGGUCUGGACAGAAAAAAAGAAGCACACAGAGAACCAAUCAGCAGCAUGUGGCCUCAUUUGAUUAACCACUGAAGUGACUGCUACUAACCACAUCUUCCAUCGUGACCCUCUAACUAACUAUGAACCACAAGAUACCUUAAAAGGAUAGUACUUAGUCGUGUUCGUCCAUUACAUUUGUGUUGAUGCCCAAGCUCCUCUCUGGUUGUGGAGUUUUGUCUGAUGUUUGUGUUUGACUGUCUACCUGUGCAUGAUCCUGUCUUUUGCAUACAUUUGCUUCUUUUUGUCCUUGUUUUUGUAUUAUUUAUAAAAAAACAGUGUUAUUUAUAAUGUCAAAUUUAUGGUUGAAUUAAAAAAAGGUUUUCGCA